AUAUUAUUGUUAUGAUGAGAGGAGGAUGAAUUAAGAAGGUAGCUGCUGGGCAUUGGAACCAAAAAUUGAGAGGGGGCGAUUCUUGUUUGCUUUUUUCUCCCCUCUCUCAAAACCUUCCUCCAUAAUCCUCUGUUUAAUUAUUAAUUAAUCAUAUUUAUUAAUUAAUAUUUACAUCUUAUAUUUCAAUAUAUUUUGGGUAGAACUGUAUUGCAUGAUAAGGGAUCUUAGCAAUAUGACUUCAGGAGGAGCUUUGGAUCCUCCCUCCAAAACCAAGUUCAGACGUUAUCAAGUUUGGAAGGGUCACAAUAAAUUUUUCUGUGGUGGGAGGUUGAUCUUUGGACCUGAUGCAUCAUCUGUAGUUUUAUCUGCAACCUUGAUAGCAACUCCAGCAGUAGCUUUUUGCAUCAAAAUGUUUAAUCGAAUAUCUCGCACGGAUCCUGCUUAUGGGUACACUGUAUUUAUAGUGGGUACACUUCUCCUAUUUUUGGUUUUAACCUUUCUCUUCAUGACAUCUGCAAGAAAUCCUGGAAUAGUACCAAGAAACACAAACCCUCUUGAGGUAGAGACUCCAUCAGUUGCAAAUUCUAUGGAGUGGAUCAACGGUUCCAUGAGUCUUAAAAUUCCAAGAACCAGAGAUGUUGUUAUCAAUGGCCACAUAGUUAGAGUAAAGUAUUGUGAAACUUGUUUGCUAUUUCGUCCACCACGUGCUUCUCAUUGCUCAAUUUGCAACAAUUGUGUCGAGAGGUUUGAUCAUCACUGUCCAUGGGUGGGUCAAUGUAUCGGAGCUAGAAAUUAUCGAUUUUACAUCUUCUUCAUAUCCUUUUCAACAAUAUUGUGCAUGUAUGUUUUUGUGUUCUCAUUGCUAAAUCUUGUGGAACAACCAAUAAGCAUGUGGAAGGCCAUGUCAAAAGAUAUGACAUCAGUUGUUCUAGUAGUUUAUUGCUUCGUAGCUGUAUGGUUCGUUGGUGGGCUUAGUCUCUUCCAUCUAUAUUUGAUGAGCACAAACCAGACAACCUACGAGAAUUUCCGGUAUCGCUAUGAUAAGAGGAAAAACCCUUAUAAUCGGGGUAUUGUAAGCAACCUAAAAGAAAUAUUCUUUGCCAAGAUACCGCCAUCUUUGGUUAACUUCCGAGAAUUUGUAGAAUACGAAGAUGAUGAGUCAUAUAUGGGAUCCUUUUCUUACCGAUUUGGUCGGAUCAUUAGCACGAAAGGGGGAGGUGCAUUAGACACAAAAGAAAUUAGAAAAAUUCCACUUAUAUUGAAGGAUUUGGACUAUAGUGUAAUAAACCGUAGCAUGAAAGAGAAAGAUGAUGAAAAAAGAAAGGAACAUAAACGAUGGAAUUCUGUUUAUGGUGAUAAUCUUUCUAUUCCAGAUGAGGUCAAGAGUGGCGAUAAAAGGCACCAACAAACUUCAUCAACAAGCCGACACCUAUAAAGGAAAAAAACGUUUGGGAAGAAAGGAUCUGAUGAUGCAGAACCAAAUAGAGAAGAAACAAUUUACAGUUUGUGAAAAGGAGUUUAGACAGUGAUGCACUAUAACUAAUGUAUAAUGGAGACAACUAGCGAACUGCCUUCUCAUUUAUUAUGUCCUCUUUCCGAUAGCUCCAUCUUCUUUUUUGCUCUGAUGAAAUUUGUAAAAUGUAGCGAUAGUUAUAUAUAUCAUUUUCCACAAAGGAAAAGAGAAGAGAAAGACAAUGUUAGGAGUUGUAUAUAAAAAAAUUAAAAAUUGUGUAAGCACUUGUAGAGUGAUUACAUUUUGUUUCGGAAGAGAAAUGAAAAUAUAAUAUAGUUUUCUCGAUU